AUGAGUCCGUGUCAGAAAUACAGCACCAGAGGACGGAAACCUUGGAAGAUGAUGCUGCAGAUACUCAAGAUAGUCAUUAUUACCGUUCAGCUGGUGUCUUUUGGAUUGAGCAACGAGAUGAUGGUGACGUUCAAAGAGGAAAAUCUCAUCGCCUUCAAGCAUUUCUUUCUGAAAAACUACAAGGACAGCAAUAAACAUUACGCCUUGUACACAAAACACGAAGUUCACGACCACAUCCUGUACACCAUCAGGAGGUAUCUACAGCUACAGAACCUCACGAUUGGUAAUCAAGCGCUGGAGAUGAUCAAUGGUCUGACGACUCCUCUGUCUCUCUGUCAGCAGUUUUAUCGACAUGCACACGUCGUACCGUCCAAUGAGACGUUUGAAAUCGAUCCACAUGUAGAGACAGAGUGUGUUUCUGUGUAUCCCACUUCUCCCUACACGAGUGAUAUUCUGGAAAAUUCCUUGAACUUGACUUUAGAUUUCCAAAGGUUGUUAGCGGUAAACAUUUAUCUGAAGAUCAAGGCUAUCAACAUUCAGACGGUUCGCCAUCAAGAGUUACCAGACUGCUACGACUUCAACAUUAAUAUCAUGUUUGACAAUCGUGCACACAGCGGACAAAUCAAGAUAUCUCUCAUCAGCGAUGUGCAGAUAAACGUCUGUAAGGACUGGAACGUUUCUGGCUCAACAGACAGUCACUUUGCGCUGAUUGUUGUGUUUGACUGUAUGAUCAUCUGCUUCUGCCUGCUGUCUCUCAUCCUCUGCACACGCUCAGUCCACACUGGAUUUCUCCUACAGACUGAAUACAGAAGAUUCAUGUCCAGUCAGCACAGUAAAAGCAUCUCGUGGUCUGAGAGGCUGGAGUUUAUCAACGGCUGGUAUAUUCUCAUCAUCAUCAGUGAUGCGCUGACUAUUGCAGGCUCAAUCCUCAAAAUCUGCAUACAGAGCAAAGAACUGACGAACUAUGACGUGUGCAGUAUUCUGCUGGGCACAGCAACAAUGCUGGUGUGGAUUGGAGUAAUGCGUUACCUCAGUUUCUUCCAGAAAUAUUAUAUACUCAUCCUCACCCUGAAGGCUGCACUUCCCAAUGUGAUUCGAUUCUCCAUCUGCGCUGUUAUGAUCUACCUGAGCUACUGCUUCUGCGGAUGGAUCGUUUUGGGGCCACACCAUGAAAAUUUUCGCACAUUCAGUAGGGUUGCUGGCUGCCUUUUCUCCAUGAUUAAUGGGGAUGAAAUCUACUCCACAUUCACCAAGCUCCGGGAAUACAGCCCUCUGGUGUGGCUGUUCAGCAGACUGUAUGUCUACAGCUUCAUCCCGGUCUUCACAUACAUGGUUCUGAGCGUCUUCAUCGCUCUCAUCACAGACACGUAUGAAACCAUCAGGUAUUAUCAGAAGCACGGAGCGCCUUUAUCAGAGCUGCAGGCUUUCAUUUCUGAAUGCAGAGACCCACGAAACUACGACAAGAACACUACAGUUGAAGAUGAAGUGUCCUGCUCCUUCUGCUGCCUUUGUGCUCCUUGUGUGUUUUGCACUUGAUCUGAUCAGAAAUGCUUGAAGUCUCAUAUAUUUGUGGUUUGUGACCAAAAAAUGGCCUGUUUUUGUGCUCAUGGACCAGGGCUGCUGGAGAGACGGGACAAUCUGCUCAUUUUAACUGGCGUUUCAGUAUGGAGCCAGUUCAGUCUUAAAAAUAAUACAUUUACAAAAUAUAAUUCCUACAUGAGGGUGACGCGGUGGCGCAGUAUGUAGUGCUGUCGCCUCACAGCAAGAAGGUCAUUGGUUCAAUUCUCGGCUGGGUCAGUUGGCGUUUCUGUGUGGAGUUUGCAUGUUCUACGUUCGUGUGGUUUUUCUCCGGGUGCUCCGGUUUCCCUCACAGUCCAAAGACAUGCGGUACAGGUUAAUUGGGUAAGCUAAAUUGUCCUUAAUGUAUGAGUGUGAAUGAGUGUGUAUGGAUGUUUCCCAGAGAUGGGUUGCAGCUGGAAGGGCAUCCGCUGCGUAAAACAUGUGCUGGAUAAGUUGGUGGUUCAUUCCGCUGUGGUGACCCCGGAUUAAUAAAAGGACUAAGCCGAAAAGAAAAUGAAUGAAUGAAUGAAUGAAUUCCUACAUGCACAGCCCAAUUCACAUUUUCAGAAUCCAAUUUGUAAAUUCAAAAUAAGAUACAAAAUUACACAAUUUACCAAUUCGUAAAUUAAAAAA